CUCUCUCUGUCUGUCUCUCUGAGCCGAUCUCAAAGUCGCCAUUUUUGUCCUGCCUGCCUCUUCGCGGUCGGUCACGUCAAGCCUUUUUUUGACCCUGCAAAACGGAUUUAAAGUGCCGGAUUCGGACCGCAAACAGUGCGUUACGGGGCGCGGAACUGUCCGCCAGCGUUGGAGUGCCGAGUGGACGCGCAGGAGCGCCGAAAUCGGCCGGAAUUUGGAGCGGCUUUGUCGAGUGGAAAAAAAAGAAAGAAAAAAAAAGUUGGUUCGGAAGUUUUUUUUUUGUGGAGCAGGAGAAGGAGGACGGGGGCGGAGAGAGUUACGGAGCGGCGGCGACGGACCAGUAUCAAGAACAUUCCGUGUGUGUGCGGUGCGUGUUAAUUCCGCGGGGUCACUUGGCCGGGAGGGCUUCGAUGGUGGCCGCGGCAAGUAAAUAAAGCGGAAUCCCGGAACCGGUACGACGACGACGACGAUGAGUUCGGACUCGGAUGAUGAGAUUUUGGCCGGUGGCGGCAGUGGCAUCGGGACACGGCGCCAGCUGAGACGAAGAGCAGGAGCGGCCGGAGCUGGAACAGGUGCCGGAAGACGCCUUCGGGACGAGGAUUCUGAGGAGGACAGCGGCAGCGAAAUCGAGCAGGCCCGCCCGAAGAAGGGGAAAAAGAUUCCGCUGCCGGCGGAAGAGGACGAGGCCGGUCCCAGUGGAGUGCAGCAGAAUGCAGCCAGCGACAACGACAGCUCCGCGUGGGAAUCGGACUGGAACAGCGACGAGGAGAAGCUGCUCAAGCAGGGUGGCCAGGAGGCUGCGGCCGCCCUGGUCAGCAAGCUAGGCUACGCGUCGGAUUCGUCCACGAGCAGCGGCGACGGCGACAAAUGUCCGAUCUGUUUGCUCUCGCUGAACGACCAGGAGGUGGGCGUUCCGGAGGUGUGCGACCACAUGUUCUGCGCGCCCUGCAUCGAAGAGUGGGCCAAAAACGUGACCACGUGUCCGAUUGACCGGAAGAACUUUGACGCGAUCAACGUGUACAAGAGCGUCGACCGGAAGCAGCUGGUUCGCAAGAAUCAGGUCCAAACCAAACCCGCCGAUGAAGUGCCGGUGCUGGAGGACCACGAGCUCACUUAUUGUGAGGUGUGCCGACGUCCGGAUCGCGAGGACACGAUGCUGCUGUGCGACGCGUGCAAUCUGGGCUUCCACAUGGAGUGCCUCAGUCCACCGUUGGAGAUCGUUCCGGUUGGGUCGUGGUACUGCGACUGCUGCUUUGCGUCCGCCUCCGAGGAGGACGACGAAGAGGUCAACGAUCUGCUGAACGAUCUGGACAACGAGAUGGGUGGAUUGCGUCAGACGCGGCUGCGCCAACGAAUGUACAGCCCGCCGCGGAUUGUCCGUACGCGCCAGAGCGAGCGCAUCCGUUCGACGAUCCUAACCCGAACGAGCACGGCCGUCCGGCUGAACGUGGUCCAGGACGACCAGCAGCCGGGUCCGUCAUCGCGAAGAACUGCCAGAGCACCGACAACGGCGGCGGCAGCGGCUGCUCCUUCGAGGAGUGUCCGCAAGCGGCGAAAGCGUCGCACCCGGAGAAAGAUCCUGCACAUGAUCAUCUCCGAGUACGACGUCAACAACGACGACGAAAAGUUUGCCGUGCGCCGCAAGAAGAUCUACAAGACGCUGAAGCGGUUAAGCAAGAAGCGGUCCAAGCGCAAACGCACGUCUCGUGGCAGUCGCAGCACGCGAAAGUCGGCCGCCGGCGUUUCGUCCGGCAUGGAGGGGGCGGUGGCGGAUUUGCAGCAGCAACGCUUUAGCACCGGCAUUCCGACGCUGAAGCUGUUUGGCGGAGCGAACGAUCUGGACUACUUUUCGGACGAGGAAGGCGGGGAUGAUUUGGAGGCGGAUGUUUCGAUUGGAGGUCGGGGUGAGACGGCCUUGCAGAGUGCCCGUGCCGCGAUUCGCAAUCCGUUGGGCAGAAGACGAGCGCUGAAGAGUGGGUUUGAGCCGAGUUCGAGCAGCGGGCCGGUGGAUCUGCUGGGGAGCAUCAUGCAGGAUCAGGCCCGUUGGCAUUCGAAGCAGGGCACGAAGGACAUCAAGAUUGACAAUGGCAAGAUUAUAUUCCAAGCGGAAGUUCCCUCGAAGAAGACGAACCAGGUGCCGGGAACGUCACAAGCCGGGCUGGGGCAGAACUCGAGUGGAAAUGCUGCACUGCCGGAGACGAGCAGCGCUGGUACGGCUGAUUCUACCAGUUCCAACGCUGCUGGUGGCAGUGGAAGCACGGCUGGGCCGAGUUCGUCGUCGGCUGGGGCGUCGGUUGCCAGUUCCUCUUCCGGAGGAGCCGGUGAAAGUGGGGGAAAUGGUCGGGGCAACGAUUUGUUUGACCCACUGGACACGUCCAUCUUUGUUGAUCUUCCGCCGUUGAAGGGCAAGGAGAACGAAAAGGAAGCGCAGAAGAAAAAGGACGAAACUGAGGAUCCGAUGGACACGUCCAUUUUCGUAGAUCUUCCUCCGAUUGGAGCGCCAGAUAAGGAUAAGAAGAAGAAGAACGACGAAUUCGACAUGUUUGGAAAAGAAAGUCCAAUUCCACUGCCACAGCGACCGCCCACUUCCCAAGUACCGUUGAAUCCGGCACCGGAAAUCUCCACGACGACCACACCGGAUGGGGCCGAGCCGGGACCUUCCCGCGGAUUCGGCAAGUUCAAGUUUACGAUGACUAGCGAACCCGACAACGACAACUGCCCAAACAUGUCCAUGUACUCGUCGGAAACGCUCGAGUACACGAAGAAUACGGGUGGCGGCGAAGAUCCGUACGACCCGUUGGACAGCGAACAAAAGACGGACGACGAGGGAGGCGAACGGGACGAGGAUCUGGUUCAGCUAGACGACGAAGAUCCCGUUGAGCAGUCAUCUCCGGCCAAACCUCACGACCAGCAGGAAGGCAUCCCCAACGGAACGGACAAGCUGCCAACCGGAGAUCCCGACCACGAUGCGUUCGAUUCCGACUCGGAGGAUGAGCUCAAGCAGAUCGAAGAAGUCGAAGGACCCGAACCGGAACCAUCGACCGAGCUGGAAGCCCUUACCCCUCCGCUAACAACGACAGUCGCGGCAUCCAUGGUCACUUCCAGCACGGCCGUAACGACGGUUGCCUCGGUGGCGUCCUCCGUCGACGAAGGCAACGGUCCCAUUGCCAGUUCCGCCCAGGGUGGCGAAGAAGAUCGCAGCUACACACCCUGCCUGGACGAAAAGUAUCAGGAAGCACGGCGCGAGCACGACCGCAGCGGAAACACUCCGGAUCUGCCGCCGGCGGGUUCGCCGAAAGAAGGUAUUGAUGGCAUGGACACGGAGCUAAUCUCCGAGGAGGAUGAAGAUACCUUCAAAGAAGACGAAACGGCAGCGGCGUCCACGUCGAAGGCCACCUCGUCCGGCGCCGCCCGCAGGAAAGACGCUACCUUCAAGAAGGUAAACAAAAGGGGCAAAGAGCGCAACUAUCGCGGCGACAAGGACAAGGACAACAGCGGCAAGAAGAAGGAUCGUAGCGACAACAAGGAGAACGAUUCGCGGCGUUCGCGGGAUCGUGACAGAGAUCGCGAUCGAAACCGGUCGUCCCGUCGUCCCCGGCGGAAGGAACUGCCCCGUUACGACGUCCGCACGGUGAUUGCCGAGAAGCGUCCGAAGGUGGUGAAAGAUCCGUUUGGGCGAGAUGUUACGCCGAAGCCGGUUUCGAAGACGCGCAGUCGUUCUCCAGCCGAGCGGCGCCGCGAGAUGUCAAUUUCGUUGAGUCCGGAGCCGCCUCGUCGCUUCAACAGACGCCGAUCGGUAUCGCCGAGGUUCAACCGUGCCCGGAACCGAACACCGCCGACAUUCUUCAGACGGUCGCGAUCGCCCGAAGCGCCGCCUGGAGGUCGCCCGGUUCGGAUGAGGUCGGUCAGUCGUUCGCGGUCACCGAUCGUACAUCGGCAUCGCCCGUCGAGAUCGGUUUCGCGUUCGGCGUCUCCGCCGGGUCGUCACGGCGGACGGGUUCCGGUAAUGGCGCCCGAGUCGCCCCAGCUGGGACGGGGUAAGGCGAAGAAGCCCAAGAAGAAGAAGGGACGUCAGGCGGCAUCGCCGAGCAGAAGUCGCAGUCCGAGCGAGGGUCGUGGCGGCAAGAAGAAGGGCAAGAAGAGUCGCAAGAAGAAGAACAAGCAUCGCGGGGGUUCGCCGUCUGGGGCGGCAGGUUCAGCACAGAAGAAGAAGAAGAGUCGUAGAAGGUCGACUUCGCCGAUGUUGUCACCUUCGCGGUCCCGCUCCGGUUCGCCGAUUCCGGGCCAGACAACGGGAGUUCUGACCGAGCGGUUCGCCAAGGUACGACAGCAGAACUCGUGGACUCCACCGCCGCCAACCAGGCCCAAAACCAACGGCACCAAUCUGACGGUGAUCCUAACCAACGAGGAAGCCCUGGCCAAGCAAGCCAAGGAGCGCGAGCGGAAGCGGAAGGAAGCGAGACGUCGAGACCGGGCCCGGGACAAAAAUCUGCCCUCGAAGGAAGUAUUUACAUCAGGUGAUAAUAUAUUAGUUAGUGUUAGUUUUAACGACAAAAACUUGAAUAAGGAGAACCAGCAGGCUGCCGGCGGCGAGGGCGGAGAAGUUUCGUCCGCGGCGGCACAAAAACGGAUGAAGGACAUUGCGAAGAAGCGCGCCGAAGCGGAAAAAGCCAAACGCAAACGGCUGGAGCGGCUCAAGAAGACCCGCGGUGAAGCGCCCAAACCGGUGGUCAUUAUCGACCUGGACCGGUCACCGUUCCGCGUAAUUACCCCGUCCCCUCGAGCGGUCAUCGUACUCAGCGACAGUGACGUCGAAAAGGAGAAGGAACGUCGCGAAGGCACAUCCGGAGUUGCCAACGGCGGUCAAUCCACAGCGGAGGCGAAUGCCACCGGCGGUGCGUCAACCUCCCAGCGUAAAUCACCCGCAGAACGACACGACGAGGACAUGUUCGGACCGAAGACACCGCCCGGAUUCCCGAGCCAACCGCAACCCUCGCAGGGCAAACCCGCGGCGCCAAAGUUCACAAUGCAAGUCAAGUCCAAGUCGACGAACCUCCGCCCGCUGAACCCACUCUACGAACCGGGCGAACUCGACGAGGGCAAAACGCCCGAGCGAAUGGACAACGCCGAGAGCUCCAACUACAACAUGGUCGGACCAAACACCCCUCCGGAACCGGCCCCCCAAUCACCCUCCCCGGACGUGUACGACCCGUUCGAACCGACCAAAUCUCCCUCACCUUCACCCUCACGCCGAGACAACGCCUCCAUCGAACGCCUCUCCGACCUGGACGAUGCCGUCCUGCCCUCGAGCAGCGGCAAAGUGGAUGGGCCCGACUCGGGUGCCGGCGGUGACCCCAAAGCCGACUCCCAGAACGCGGACGAGUCCAUGAACGGCGACCAGGAACCGCCGCCAACCCGCGGAAGCAAAAUCACCAUCCUCAGCAACAUUGUCAUCAGCCAGCCCUCGAACAGCGGCCAGGGCGUGGUCAGCGGUUCCGGCGUGUCGUCCGCCAACCAGCAGCUGAACAGCACCGGCGACGACUCGGACGUCAUCUUUGACGACUUUGUCUCAUCGUCCGCCCCCGCCCCCAGCAACAACGUCGGCUACAGCACGUCCAGCUCGGCGAAUCCCAUCAAGUCGUACAGCACGGCGGCCAACUCGUCGAGUCUGAUCUCGAAACUGCCACUGCCGCCGGGAGCCGCCGGCGGUCAAAAGUUCAGCGACUUUAUCAACCCAACCGACUCGCCGUACUCGCCGGGGGCUAGCGACUUUGACGACCUGUUCGAGCCGGGUGGUGAACUGGACUCGCCACCGCCGGCCCCGACCAAGCAGUCCUACAAGCCGACCAAGAUCCCGACCAAGGGCGCCAAGAAGGGUGGCGGAGGCGGAGGUAACUUCGACAACCUGUUUGGCGGCUCGCCGGCCAACAACUUUGGCAAACGCAAGAAGGGCGGUCACAAGCGAAGAGGCAAACCCAAAGGAGGAGACGACGAGGAAGACGUGUCCAAGCUGUCCACGAAGGAGAGGUUUAUGAGGAAGUUGAACCGUUUGGAGCGGGUCGUGGAGGAGGUGAAACUUGUCAUCAAGCCGUUCUACAACAAGAAGCAAAUCAACAAGGAGGAAUACAAAGACAUUCUGCGGCGCGCGGUUCCGAAGAUUUGCCACAGCCGAACGGGCGAGAUCAACCCGAUCAAGAUCCAGAAGCUCAUCAAGGCGUACGUUCACAAGGUGCGGGCCCGGCGGCGCCUCGCCAAGAAGGGCGGUGCCGGUGGUGGUGGUGGCGGCGGUGGCGGUCCCGUUGGACUGCCCGGCGUCAACAUCAACCCGAUGAUCAUCUAAGAGCACGACGCACCACAGAUAUCCAAUUAUGGUGGAUAGAAAAGGUGUCCUGAGUGAGUGAGAGUGAGCGAGAGAGAACAGGUAAGGAUUUUGAGUGAAAAGAACGUAGUUUGCAUGUAUUGGAAUCGCGCCGAUUUGUGGAGAUUUGUUUCUCCUUCUUCUUUUCUAGUAGUUGUGGGAAUGUGGCAAACAGAUGCGAAUAUGAUAAUUUUACUGAUUGAACAAAUUCUGAAAAAGUAUAAUUUAAGCAGAAAGAAUACUUUGAAAAGGAAUUCCUUACCGAAUGUGUAACGCUAAGUUAUGUUGUAAGCAACAGGAUAAGUAAACAAAAUCUAGAGACAACACAAACACACAUGAUCACGCAUCAAUUUCACUCAUAAUAUUGUGUUAAAAGUUGAUACACUCGACAGAUGGAGAAAAGAAGAAGAAGAAGUUGUAGUAAAAAGGGUAUUUAUAAUAAUUAUCACGAUUAAAUAUUUAUUGAAUAUACAACAAAUUAUUAGAGUUAAAUGUAAGUUGAUUAGAUUGUGCUAAUUGUAGAGAUCGAUGUCUCUUUAAGAUAACACACACACACACAUAUUGUCGUCAGUGUAAGGUUCUCCAAUUAAAAUCUACCUGACACUAACAACAAAUGUUACAACCUCGGCAAGCACCUUCUAUCGUGUCGCCCUUGCUGAAACAAAAACCUCUGAUGCUUCCUCCGAAUCACGAUCGUACUCUCUUACUGGAGCAACUUGUGCAAAUAUUAAGGAACAAAAAAAACAAAUCCACCCUCGCGCUUGAACAUUAUCCAGUAGGAAAGCGCAGAAAUCGCAAACAAAAAAGUACUCUUUAAAACGCAAUUCAGGCGCAAUACAUUAAACUAACCCCACACUAAAAAAAAAAGAAGCAGCACCUACUACAACACUAUAAUUACACAGAAUUACUAGUUCCGGAACGACUACCGAUUACUACAACUUACACGAGUUCAUUUGGUCGUCAUUUACAUUUUUCGAAUGUGAGUAAUUUUAAAUUUGUAGUAUUGCUUCUUCUAGAAAAAAAAAAACCAACAUAUGAAAACAACAAAAAAUACAAUUACAAUUACGACAGAGAGAAAUGCUAAAUAAAAAGUGAAUAGUUUAAGAAAUAA